AUGAAAAGAUACCCACUAGUGACAGCUGGAAACGGAAAGAUUUGCGCAGUAAGUGGUGGCGGACAAGCUUCAGAUGGAGGUUUCAACCAUGAGCCCAGCUGCACCUGUGGCUAUCCAAGUGAGAAGCACGAGUCUAUUCAGCAGCAUAUUGUUAUGGUGGUGAAUAUCCUGCUUGGAAACAUCUGGGUUUAUCACAAACAAGAUCGGUAUUAUAAUUAG